AAAGGCCGCUCCUGCCCCGCCCCACCCCGCCCCGCCGUCGCGGCCGCUGCGGAGGAGCCGGCGCCGCCCGCAGUUGCUGGGAGCUCUCGACUCGAUCGCUGUCCGCGGCGUCUGGGCAGAGCGCGCGGAGGCGGGACGGGACGGUGCGGGGCCGGGCCGGGGCCAAGCUGGGCCGGGCCGGCGGGAUGGGGUGCACCGUGAGCGCCGAGGACAAGGCGGCUGCCGAGCGCUCGAAGAUGAUCGACAAGAACCUGCGGGAGGACGGCGAGAAGGCGGCGCGGGAGGUGAAGCUGCUGCUCCUCGGUGCCGGAGAGUCCGGGAAGAGCACCAUCGUCAAGCAGAUGAAGAUCAUUCACGAGGACGGCUACUCCGAGGAGGAGUGCCGGCAGUACAAGGCUGUGGUGUACAGCAACACCAUCCAGUCCAUCAUGGCCAUCAUCAAAGCCAUGGGCAACCUGCAGAUCGACUUCGGGGAUCCCUCCAGAGCGGAUGAUGCCCGCCAGCUGUUCGCCCUGUCCUGUACCGCAGAGGAGCAGGGCAUCAUGCCCGACGACCUGGCCAGCGUGAUCCGGAGGCUGUGGUCGGACGACGGCGUGCAGGCCUGCUUCGGCCGCUCCCGGGAGUACCAGCUCAACGACUCGGCUGCCUACUAUCUGAAUGACCUGGAGAGGAUAUCUCGGUCUGACUACAUCCCCACUCAGCAGGACGUGCUGAGAACCCGUGUGAAGACUACCGGCAUUGUGGAGACUCACUUCACCUUCAAAGAUCUGCACUUCAAGAUGUUCGACGUGGGCGGUCAGCGGUCCGAACGGAAGAAGUGGAUCCACUGCUUCGAGGGGGUGACAGCCAUCAUUUUCUGCGUGGCCCUGAGCGCCUACGACCUGGUCCUGGCCGAGGAUGAGGAGAUGAACCGCAUGCAUGAGAGCAUGAAGCUCUUCGACAGCAUCUGCAACAACAAGUGGUUCACAGACACAUCCAUCAUCCUCUUCCUCAACAAGAAGGACCUGUUUGAGGAGAAGAUCACCCACAGCCCCCUCACCAUCUGCUUCCCCGAGUAUGCAGGGGCAAAUAAGUAUGACGAGGCAGCCAGCUACAUCCAGAGCAAAUUCGAGGACCUGAACAAGCGGAAGGACACCAAGGAGAUCUACACGCACUUCACGUGCGCCACCGACACCAAGAACGUACAGUUCGUGUUCGAUGCCGUCACCGACGUCAUCAUCAAAAACAACCUGAAGGACUGCGGCCUCUUCUGAGCGGCGGCCGAGGGCCGGUGGGUGGAGGACCGCUGGAACAGGAGGAGGAUGCAGACAGAACCCAGGACGGACAGACAGAUGUGCUGUCAGAGCGACUCCCACUUCUCCCCCAGGCUCCUCCCUCUCCCUCUGUGGUUCCAAGUUUCCGUUUCUUCCCCACCUAACAAAGAGACUUUGAGGGGGGAAGGCAUCGCCCCGAGGCGCCCCCCAGCCCUGCCCCCCCAGCCCCUCCCUCCGCUGGCCCUGGCCGCCUGCUGGUUUCUCUUCUCUUCUUCUGUGUUGGGGGAGGGUUUGUGGUAAAGGAGACCCCGUAUUCCUCUGGCCCCUCCGCCUUGCCAGGAGCCCUUCCAGGAUAAAGCACAAACUGGCCCCGAGCAGGACGCGACACCGACGACAACAUUCCUUAGCCCAGGCGUCCCGAAGCUCCUCUCUGCUUUUCUUGGGCCUCUGUGUGUGUGUGUGUUUUUUAAAUAGAAAACAGAACUUUAGGGACCUUUAUAGAGAGACUAUUUAAACCUGUCCGUCCUCUGGCUGCGUCGUCCGACCCGUGCUGACCACCUCCUCCGGGGGAGCCCGUGCCUUGGCUGGCUGUCUGUCUGUCUGUUUACACCUGUCUCUCAUCGCUUGCUCUGGCCCCGGGGGCUGCCGGGGGCCUUGGCCUGGCCUCUGGCCGGCCCUGCCCGCUUCUCCUCCAUCCCACCCCCAACAAAGGUCUCCAAAGGGCUAAGUCUCAGUCUACUGCCAACGUCCCCGGGGCUUCUCCUCUCUCCCGUCGGCUCCAUUAACUGUAGCUCCCUAGCGCUAACUCUAGGAAAGGCCGCUGCCAGGAGGGACCGUCUCAUCCCCAUCCUCAGCCCCGACCCUGCCCAGGCCCCAGAGUCAACAGCAUCGGAUGCCUCCUCGCUUUUUUCACACGUUUUAUCAAAUUGUUCACCUGGUUUGAAAUAAUAAAAUGUAGAAAGAAAAAAGCCCGGCCUGCUCCGAGUCUUCCUCCUUCGUCUGGGAAGUGGGGGCAGCGGAGCAGGGAGGGAAGCCCCAAACAUCACCCUUGAACCGGUCGAUGGGGAAGACAACGCUGUUGCCUGGGCACAAAGCCCAAACAAGUCUGUAGGGCUGCGCCUCCCUCCCAAAGCUGCCCGUGUUCGUUUUUAGACGAUUCGUCCUUGCGUUGGGCUUCAUGCUGCCCACAAAGGCCACGGCAUAGAUCCGAGAUUCUAGGGGCCCCUUUCUAACUCGGAUCCCAUAAUUCUUUUUUUAAUCCCUUGCUCUCUGCUUUAGGGUUAAGACUCUGUGUUGCUUCCAAGUUAGAAGAGCACUACAGGAUGGGCAAGGGGUGGAAAGUGACUUGCUCAGGGUCACCCAGCUAGGAAAUGCCUUCUUUCCAUUCCUUUUUUCUUUAAAAAUAACUCUUACUUCUGCCUUAGAAUCAAUACUAUGUAUUGGUUCCAAAGGAGAAGAGCUACGCAGUGGGGGCUAAGUGACUUGCCCAGGGUCACCCAGCUAGGAAAUUGUCUGAGAUCAAACUUGAACCCAGGACCUCCCGUCCCUAGGGCUGGCUCUCAAUCCACCGAGCCACCCAGCUGCCUCCCGUUUGGGUGUCUUUUAGCAGAAACUGAAUGAUCUCUUGUUCAGCGUGUUGCAGAUUACAGUUCUUUUACCGCAGGAAUUGUGCCAGAGUCCGUCUUCCCAACUCGGGUUGGGAUGCUAUUCUUGGUAGUGGUGAGGGGCUCAGCAAUCAGACCCCCACCAGUUAGUCCUCGCAGUGUCCGAGUCUGUCAUUUGCUGAGCCUCUCACACAAGCUCAAAGCCUCCCCACUUAUCCCGAAGAUCAGCUCCUUUUUUGGCCACACGUUUAGGUCUUUCCAGCCCAAACACAUUCUCCUUAAUGGGAAAAGAAAAGCAAAAUCAAGAUGCAGAGAGUUUUGCCUCUUCUCCAUCACCAGUUAUUGUUCCAUCCCCCUGCCAGCUGCCAUCCUAUUCCUUCUUUGAUCUUGCUGGUUUUCUCCCAAAUAGCUUUUUUUAAUUAUUUUAUUUCAAUGAAAAUCUGCCCCUUCUCCCUCCAUGGCUGAGAAAGCUUCAAUUUUUUUUAUGUUUCUUUCUGUUUAACCUCAGUGUUAUUUUUUAAUUAAAAUGUGUUCAACCCCCAAAA